CUAAACCUAUUUGGUUUAUCACAAUAUAUUUCAUCUUCUUCAACUCUUAAACCCUCACUCACCAAACACACAUAGAGAAACAAAAUCAAAACCUCACAACAAUGGCUCCGAAUUUGGAAUGUCGCAUGUAUGAAGCAAAGUACCCAGAAGUGGACAUGGCUGUAAUGAUACAGGUGAAGAACAUCGCAGACAUGGGUGCUUACGUUUCACUCCUCGAAUACAACAACAUCGAGGGAAUGAUUCUGUUCUCUGAGCUUUCUCGCCGUCGGAUUCGUAGUGUAAGCAGUCUCAUCAAAGUGGGUCGAAUCGAACCGGUGAUGGUUCUUCGUGUUGAUAAGGAAAAGGGUUACAUCGAUCUUAGUAAACGUAGGGUUUCUGAGGAAGAUAUUCAAACUUGUGAAGAACGGUAUAAUAAGAGUAAGCUUGUUCACUCUAUUAUGCGUCAUGUUGCUGAAACCUUGGACCUCGAUUUAGAGGAUCUUUAUGUACACAUUGGAUGGCCUUUGUAUCGCAAAUAUGGCCAUGCUUUUGAGGCAUUCAAAAUUGUUGUGGCAGAUCCUGAUAAGGUUUUGAGCACUCUCACGCGUGAGAUCAAGGAAGUUGGUCCUGAUGGGCAAGAAGUGACCAAGGUGGUACCUGCUGUAUCUGAAGAACUGAAGGAUUCUCUGGUGAAUAAUAUUAGAAGACGAAUGACUCCUCAGCCAAUGAAAAUUAGGGCUGAUAUUGAAAUGAAAUGUUUUCAAUUUGAUGGAGUUCUCCACAUUAAGGAGGCAAUGCGGAAGGCUGAAGCUACUGGAAAUGAUGACUGCCCUGUGAAAAUUAAACUUGUUGCUCCCCCACUUUACGUGCUUACCACUCAGACACUUGACAAGGAGCAAGGAAUAUUGGUUCUUGAAAAUGCCAUUACUAGUUGCACUGAAUCAAUAGAAAAACACAAGGGUAAACUUUCUGUGAAGGAGAAAGUCAGAGUGGUGAGUGAACGUGAUGAUAAUUUGCUUUUUGAGCACAUGCGUAAGCUACGCGAACAGAAUGAAGAGGUCGAAGGCGAUGACGACAGUGAAGAGGAAGAAGAUACUGGAAUGGGCGAGGUUGAUCUGGACAAUGGUAAUGCGAUAACGGAGUGAGAAAUACCUUGUGCUCAUAGAAAGGCAUAGAUAGUACAGCAAGGCUUUAUUGAUUUUGCUCUAUUGGAUACUUUUUUUUAACUCUUUGAUUGUGCUUGUUGUAUUAUACAAACUAGAAGUUUCUUGAAGAGGGUGUUCAAUCCAAACUUAGGAGUUUGUGGUUUGAAAAACGCGACCAUAUCUCCCUCCCCUCCCCAGUUGUCUGCAAUUCAUGAUGAGAUAUUAGUUGAACACAGUGCACUCGAAUAACGUCUGUAAUUCUUAUGAUUUUAAUUUAUGAAAGAUGGUUGUUGACUUUAAAUAUUUA